AUGAAGUGCUUAAAUAUCAUAGUUCUACUAAGUUUAGCUGGAAGUGCUUUGGGUGGAGGAGAUUCGACUUGUCAAUCAAUUCAUGAAAAUUUUAUGGCACUAGUUCAAGUCGUUGAAACAUCAAUGAAUGUGAUUGUUAACUACAUAUCAGGAAUUAUCUUAAGUUAUCCACAAACGGGCUCAACUUACAUUGAAUACUUAAAUUGUCAUUUAAAUGAGUUAAUUUAUACUCUGAUUGAUGGAACUAGUCAAAUGUCAGGAACUGAUUACGAUUACAUCUAUGGAAUUUUCACCAAUGAAAUUGAGCCUCCAUUUACGGCUCCACUUGAUUGUAUCCAAUCAGAAUUAUUAGAUUUCAAGCAAUUCAUUAUGAACUUAAAUCCCAUUUUCUCGAAUUUAAGCUCACUAGUGACAGAUUCUACAAUAAAUGAGAAUACACCAUGCUCAGAGGUUCAAACAUUUUUCCAGACAUACUUUUUAGCAGGUCAAGGAAUUGCUAAUAAAAUUGUGAACAUUUCACUCGAAGAUGCUGCUGGAUUUAAAAGCAUUGGAAGACUAAAUCUCUAUCUAGAACAUCAUGUUAAUAUUUCUGCAUGUGGAGCUAUUGCUUUCUCGAAUGGUAUCGCUGAAUUAUUAAACAUGGAUGUAACAAUCGUCAAUGAAUACUUGGCAAAUUCAUCAACGCCUGUUCCACCGCCAUUGAGCUGUGUUAAAGGAUCUGUAACAUCAAUUUCGAAUUUGAUCAACACGUCAAAUAAUCAGUUUAAUGCAACUGUUGUAGCGUCACCUCCACCGCCUAAUUGUGAACCAUUUUAUACUAAAUUUAAAACAUUCUCAAAUAUUUGGUAUAAUUACAUCAAUAGUCUUCAAGCCUUUGUUACUAACAACUCGAUCGCAUUUCCAGUUUUGACACCAGUCUUCAUCAUUGAUUUCGUCUGCGAAUUACAUACUUUAGUAAUUCUCGCAGCUAAUGCUACAAGUGUUUUAUCUGGAAUCGAUUCUGAAGUCAUUUACGAGAUCAUUAAUGGAACAGUGCCACUACCAUUUGUUGAACCACUUGACUGUAUUGCAACUGAUUUGAUCAACAUGAGAAAUCAUAUUCUGUUAAUGUCCAAUGAUGUUAUUCCAGGAUUGAGUGACUUUACUCAAGUCUCAACUAGUGAUACUUCUACAUGCAAUAAUACGUACACGUCGCUCACGAGCUAUGCUACGACUCUGGUUACAUUAGCAAAUCGUAAAGGAGUCCUGGUUAUGAGUGCAUCGGAAGCUUUUAUUUCCAUCAACUUGGGAGAUCUUUUCUUGGAAUCUUUCGCUUCAAUUCUCGAAUGUUUGCCGGAUAUUUUGGGAACAUAUGUCGGAUCUGCCUUACACAGCAACAGCAAUCCUCUUAUCUCGUACUUGAGGGGCGAUACUUUGGCACUUCCAUAUCCAUUUAGUUGUGUUAAGAUUAUCAUUACAAUCUUGAGUAGUUUGAUGAAUCAAGCAAUUGUUGACUUCAUUACUGCUUCACCAGUUGACUUGGCAGUACCAAAUAUUCCAGUUUAUAGAGGUUAAAUUACAGUGAAUAAUUUUAUUUGU